AAUAAGCUGACACAUUUCAUUCUAUUACUAAUGAUUGGCUAAAUUUUAAACUAGAAGACCUAUAAAAGGAUGGAGAACCCAAUAAUUUUGCAGCCGCCCACCCAAACACACCUUUGGGUGAAUAAACAUUCUUUGACUUCCACUGAUAGACAGGUCUUGCUUUAAUUCCUGCUUGGGAAACAAAGAAAGAAAGGAAGGGGUUAAUCCUUCUGACAGGUUAGAGUAAGCCAGAUCACUAACCCUUAAGUUUGCUCACCCCUGUAAUAUUAGGGAGGGGGGUCUUCUGUCCCUGUGAGUUUUAAGGCUGGGUAGAGGAAAAGAUAUUUGCAUUGUUUCUGGAGUAAAAUAGCAGAAUUCUUAUCUAAUUUGUUUAUUAACACCCCAUAUUUAUUUCUUUUAGCUUUCUCUCUUCAGUGUGGAUGCAAUAAUCUGGGAUUCUCCAUACAGCUUGUUUGUUCGUCCCCAAUCUUUAAUUUGUAAAACCGUCAAAACAUAAUCAUAUGAAAUUGAUGCUUUAAAAAGUAGUGACCACCUUCUCUCUGUCAUUCCAGCUGCACUCAGCUUCACCCAGGAUGUUGAGGCUUCGCCUUUCCAAUGCCACAAUUGCAAUUAUCUUGGCAAUCCAGACAGGAUUUCUACUAUUUCUAUAUACUCAACAAGGUGGCUUCAUUCCUCAGUCUCUGGAAAAGCCUGCCCAGGUGCAUGUCCUCAUCCUCUCCUCUUGGAGGUCAGGAUCUUCCUUUGUGGGGCAACUCUUCAGUCAGCACCCCAAUGUCUUUUACCUGAUGGAGCCAGCCUGGCACGUGUGGGCAGCCAUGUACCAAAACAGUGCCAAGGUGUUGCACAUGGCGGUGCGUGAUCUCAUCCGGUCUGUCUUCAAGUGUGACAUGUCUGUCUUUGAUGCCUACGUGCCCUGGAAGAGAAAUAGAAACUUGUCAGAUCUAUUCCAAUGGGCUGUAAGCCGGGCAUUAUGCACAACUCCUGCCUGUGAGUUCUUCCAGCGGACUGAUAUUACCGGUGAAAGUGCUUGCAAGACUCUCUGUGGCAAGUACCCCUUCAGCAAAGUAGAAGAGGCCUGCAAGACUUACAGCCAUGUUGUCCUAAAGGAAGUCCGUUUCUUUGACCUCAAGGUGCUCUACCCGCUCCUCGAUGACCCCUCCCUAAACCUCAGAAUCAUCCACCUGGUCCGUGACCCUAGGGCUGUUGUGAAGUCUCGGGAACAAUCUGUUAAAGCCCUUGCCCGUGACAAUGGAAUAGUUCUGGGUGCGAAUGGCAGCAGAGUGGAUGACAGUGGAUAUAAAGUCCUGCAGGAGAUUUGUAGAAGCCAUGUUCAGAUCUAUGAAACAGCUACUCAGAAGCCUCCAUUAUUUUUAAAAGAUCGUUACUUAUUGAUCCGAUUUGAAGACAUUGUGCGGGAUCCUUUAAUGGAAAUCACUGCAAUGUAUACAUUUACAGAUCUUCUGUUGACUCAGAAACUUGAAAAUUGGAUCUAUAAUAUUACACAUGGACAAGGACCAAGUAGGAAGAGAGAUGCCUUCCAGAUCACUUCCCGUGAUGCGGUCAAUGUCUCCCAGGCAUGGAGAAAUGUUCUUUCAUUUCAGAAAGUCCAAAGAGUGCAAGAAGUUUGCAGAGGUGCUUUAAAUAUACUAGGAUACCAAUUUGUAAAUUCUGAGAAAGAGCAGAAAGAUUUGUCUUUAGAUCUAGUACUGCCACAUCGGAGAACCCAAUUUCGCUGGGAGUUGUUUAGUGAAAACUAGAUGAAAUACUCUAUUGUUCAUUUCUCAAAUAACUGGAAAAGAUUUGUUGGUUUCAGUGCAUCUGGUAAUUUUUCUUAGAACUUCAUUUUCCCCAAACCAAGGAACUGCAUGCCUUUUGUUUUUUCAAAUUAAUAAUAAUGUGCAGCAUCCAGAACAACAUUGUAAUGUUGCAUUACAAGAAAAUUAUUUUUCACCUGUGCAUGGUUAUAAUUGUGAUAUACUGCUAUAUUCAUUCUUGAGCUUUUUUUCUAAAGGUCUUUUUCAUGUGCAGGACUGUAAAAUUACUGAUGAGGGAUAACGCUUGGUUGGAUGGCUUGGGAAUCUGUCCCUCUGAAAUGUUAUUGUACUCAAACUUCCAUGUGCCCCAGGGAUCAGACAACAAUGGGAAUAGAAAUCCAGUGACUAGAAGAAUUUGUUUCAAUACAUAUUUUUACAGUCUUUAUCUCCUUUGUCUGGGUACCCCAACAUGCUGCAGCUCUGAAUUUGUCUCUGUAUUUAUUAUAUUCUGACUUUUUGGGCAUCCCUAUCUCUCUGUAACAGUGAGGGUUAGCUCCUAAUGAAAA